AUGGCCUCAAUACCUCUCCCAUCCCUCUGGACAAUUAUAAUACUCAUCUUCAGUCUUCUCCUCAUACCAACAAUUAUGGGUAUCUUCGGCGGAAACAAGUUCAAUGUCAAAGGCAAGACCGUUCUCCUGACCGGUGCCUCCGAGGGAAUGGGAAAGAGUGUCGCGAUCCAGCUCGCCCAGAAAGGAGCAAACAUCAUAAUCGUCGCCCGCAACGUAGGUAAGCUUGAAGCUGCGCUGGCAGAAAUAAAGGCCGCAGCAUCGUCUCCCUCGUCCCAACGCUUCCAAUACAUCUCCGCCGACGUCUCAGAACCCGACGGCGCCUCACGGGUCAUCGCUGAGGCAAUUGCUUGGAACAAUGGCUCCGCGCCCUCGAUCGUAUGGUGCAUCGCUGGCUCCGCGAAUCCAGGCCUCUUCAUCGAUACCCCACGCUCUGUAAUGCGCCAUCAGAUGGAUGUCAACUUCUGGUCCUGCGUGGACAUGGCACAAGCUAUACUCUCCGAAUGGCUAGGGAAAGAGAACGGGCAGAAGGGAGAGGAAAAACAUCUUGUGUUUACAAGCUCGGUGGUAGCGUUCUAUCCUGUGGUAGGAUACGCACCGUAUGCGCCUAGCAAGGCGGCCAUAAAGAGUUUGAGCGAUAGCUUGGUGCAGGAAUGUCUAUUGUAUGGAGAGGAUGUCAAGGUGCACACCGUGUUCCCGGGCACGAUUUCGAGUCCGGGAUUGGAGAUUGAGAAUCAGACGAAGCCGGAAAUCACACAUAUAUUGGAGGAGUCGGAUCCGGUGCAGAGUCCAGAGGUGGUGGCUAGGAAAGCUAUACAAGGUUUGGAAAGGGGAGAGUAUUUGGUUACGGUGUCUUGGUUGGGGGAUUUGAUGAGAGGGUGUGCGUGGGGAGGGAGUAGGAGGGGAAAUUGGGUGAUUGAUACAGGGAUGACUUGGGUGGCGAGCUUGGCGUGGUACUUUGUGGGUAUGGAUUUGGAUGGGAAAGUGAGGAAGUAUGGGAAGGACCAUGGACAUCCGAGUACAUAUGGGAAGAAGUAG